ACCUCUUCGAUAUUCGGAGCUCCAGACUCUGUCGAGGGACUUAGAUAUGAUGCGGAUUGAGGAAGACCUGCCUCCGGGCGCAGAGAUGAGUUUGGUGCUACCUGACUUGGACAGAUUGAGGCUUGUACAGAACUCAUCACCUGCAGGCGCGGAGAAUAGUAUGGUGCUUCCACGUUUGGACAGAUUGCGGCUUGUAGAGCAAUCAACUGGAGGCGGAGAGGAUGUUUUUGCAAGGCUGCUAAAGGUGUCAGAUUACCCACCCCCAGGCGCAGAUUAUACUCUUACAAGGUAUAGACUGUUUAAAGAGUUGAAGAGGCUGCUACAAGACUCGCCUUCAGGGAUCAGUGUGGUUCCUCCAGAAUUCUACAAUUGCAAUAUAAUGUGUUGGAAUGUUGUUAUAGCUCCCCAUUCUUUGGAUUCUCCUUGGGAGGGAGGUGCAUUUAAGUUGACUCUUCAGUUUAGCGAGGAUUAUCCACUCAAACCACCAACGGUGCGAUUUGUUUGUCAGAUGUUUCAUCCAAAUAUUUCUGCAGAUGGAACUAUGUCUUUUGAUAAUUUACUGGAUCGGUGGCCUCCUAUAAAUGAUGUGGAAGAUACACUCAAGUAUAUCCAGUCCCUAAUAUGUCAUCCCAACCCAAAGUAUCCUGCAAAUUCAGAAGCUUUCUGCAUGUACUUCAGUGACAACAGACUUGAGUACAACCGAAGAGUGAGGAGGAUCGUGGAUCAGAGUUGGAUGGCAGACUAGUAACUUCUUUAUGUUAGAAUUAGUAGCACUAACCGAAGAGUCAGGAUGAUCGUGGAUCAGAGUUGGAUGGCAGACUAGUAGCUUCUUUAUGU